GUGUUCAAGCCCACAAAGCUGAAACCUAUUUUCUCAGUCAGUUACUGCACUCCUCCUCUCAGGAUUUACGUUUUUUGGAUUUCUGGAUUCAGGUUAGAGACGCUACUUUCUUGUUCCUGACUGUAAACUUUACAGCCAUUACCUUUUACCCCUUGACAUUUUUUAGGGUGUGUUUUAUAAUGGGUCACGCAGGACAAACAAUAGCUGCGUGCCAGAGUUCAGCUUUGUUUAGUUAAUGAUUCUUUUCCCUGGAGCAGCUUUUAAAAAGAAAGGAUCGGAGCUCGGCGAGCAUUCCCCCAGGGAGACCAGCGCCAUGACGUCGUGGCAGAGCCUCUCGGCGUGUGUGCUGCUGCUACUUUGUGCGACGCGCGGCGCAAACGGAGGGAACAUCUUGGUGUGGUACACGGAAGGCAGCCACUGGAUUAACAUGAAGCCCGUGCUGGAGACGCUGGUGGACAGGGGUCACCGGGUCACGGUUCUGGUGCCCAGCGUGUCGAUGCACAUGAACGCCAGCGAGCCAUCUCGCUUCGGCUACGAACCCUUCGACGUCGAGGUGUCGAUGGAGGCCAUGCAGGAGUUCAUGAACCAUUUCCUUCACUUCUCCAUGUAUGAGAUCGAUCGUAUGAGCUACGUGCAGAUGUACAUCAAGUUCAUGGAAAUAAUGAAGGUCAAUUUAGAGCAUUCUUUGAAGUAUUUGGACGGCGUGCUGAAAUCAGAAUCCAUCAUGAAGAAGCUGAAAGAGGGAGAAUAUGACCUUCUCCUCUCUGACCCCGUAUAUCCCGGCAGUGACUUAGUAGCAGAGAUUUUGGGCAUCCCUCUGGUCUUCUCCCUGCGGUUCUCUAUAGCCAAUAACUGGGAGAGAAAGUGUGGCCAGCUCCCUGCUCCUCCUUCCUAUGUCCCCGGGGCGAUGAGCAAACUGACCGACAAGAUGGACUUCUCCGAGAGGCUGUGGAACUUCCUCUUCUACGCACUGCAGGACGUCGUGCUCGAAAAUGUCUUUUGGAAAGUACUUGAUAAAUAUUACUCCGAAGUCAAAGGCAGCCACUGGAUUAACAUGAAGCCCGUGCUGGAGACGCUGGUGGACAGGGGUCACCGGGUCACGGUUCUGGUGCCCAGCGUGUCCAUGUACAUGAACGCCAGCGAGCCAUCUCGCUUCGGCUACGAACCCUUCGACGUCGAGGUCUCGAUGGAGGCCGUGGAUGAGUUCCUGACAGAGUUCCUUCACUUCUCCAUGUAUGAGAUCGAUCGUAUGAGCUACGUGCAGAUGUACAUCAAAUACAUGGAACUGAUGAGGGUCGACUUGCAGUAUUCUUUGAAGUAUUUGGACGGCGUGCUGAAAUCAGAAUCCGUCAUGAAGAAGCUGAAAGAGGGAGAAUAUGACCUUCUCCUGGCUGACCCCAUCUAUCCCGGCAGUGACUUAGUAGCAGACGUGUUGGGCAUCCCUCUGGUCUUCUCCCUGCGGUUCUCCAUAGCCCAUAACUGGGAGAGAAAGUGUGGCCAGCUCCCUGCUCCUCCUUCCUAUGUCCCCGGGGCGAUGAGCAAACUAACCGACAAGAUGGACUUCUCCGAGAGGCUGUGGAACUUCCUCUUCUACGCACUGCAGGACGUCGUGAUUGAUCAUGUUUUCUGGAAAGUACUCGAUAAAUAUUACUCCGAAGUCAAAGGAACACCCACCGAUGCCUGCGAGGUGAUGGGGAGAGCAGAUAUCUGGUUGAUACGAACCUACUGGGAUUUCGACUUCCCUCGUCCUUUCCUCCCCAACUUCAAAUUUGUUGGCGGGAUUCACUGCAGACCUGCUAAACCGCUUCCAGAGGAGAUGGAGGAGUUUGUGCAGAGUUCUGGAGACGCCGGCAUCGUGGUCUUCACGUUGGGAUCAUUCAUCAACAACAUCACCACAGAGAAAGGAAACAUGAUCGCCUCGGCCCUCGCUCAGCUCCCACAAAAGGUGCUGUGGAGAUACAGCGGAGAAGCGCCAGCGACUCUGGGGGCUAACACUAGAAUAUACAACUGGAUCCCCCAGAAUGAUCUACUGGGCCACCCCAAGACCAGGGCGUUCAUCACCCACGGUGGCACCAAUGGGAUCUAUGAGGCCAUCUACCACGGCGUUCCCAUGGUGGGCAUCCCCAUGUUCGCUGACCAGCCGGACAACAUGGUCCACGUCCAGGCGAAGGGAGCCGCAGUUAUUGUAAACCUGAACUUUAUGAAGACCGAGGACCUUAGAGAUGCAGUCAAUGCCGUCAUCAAUGAGAAAUGGUACAAGGAGAAUGUCUUGUGGCUGUCCAGUAUCCACCACGACAGACCGAUGAGUCCGCGUGACGAGGCGGUAUUCUGGAUCGAGUUCACCAUGAGAAACAAAGGGGCCGAGCACCUGAGGGUGCAAGCUCACGAGCUCACCUGGUACCAGUACCAUAGCCUGGACGUCCUGGCCUUCCUCCUGACCAUUGUUAUGACCCUCGUACUCCUCUUCGUCAAGACCUGCAGUUUCUGCUUCCGGAGGUGCUGUGGAGGAAAGGAAAAGGGAAAGAGAAAGGCCGAGUAACUGACUGAAAUGAGAUGCAGCUGGAGAAAAAGAAAAGGCGAAAAAAAUUCAAUCUUAAUGGUUUAAAUGCAAAUGCCCUAGAUUGUAAUUUAUGGCUGGAGACCAGUAAUCGUUACAACUUCUAUACAAUUAAGCCCAACAUGUUUUUUGUGAAACAAUAUACCAUGUGUUUGUACUACAUAUCAAAUACUUUGCUCGAAAACAGAAAUAAAAUCA